AUGGUGUUACAGAUAUGCAUGCCCUCUACCGACAUCCUCCUUGAUUCUUCGAGCCCAAUUGUGACCAUUCUUCUGAACACCACCGGAUCCACAAGAGCCACCACGGCUAUGACCUUCGGGAUAGUCAUUCUUGGUAUCUCUGGAAAUAUGGGCGUACUUUCGUCUGUAUCACGUCUAACUUGGGCAUGGGCGCGGGACGGCGGACUGCCACAAUACUUUGGACAUGUAGAUGCCAAGCACCGCGUCCCCUCCCGCGCCGUCGUGCUCGUGUCGAUCGUCGUCCUUCUGCUGUCCCUGCUCAACAUAGGAGGCAGUUCCUACAUCGCUCUGAGUGCUAUCGUGUCUUUGUCAUCCACGGCAAUCUACCUGAGUUACACAAUCAUUCUUGCAGUUGUGCUUCAUGCUCGUCUCAACGACAGGAUUCAAUUCAGAGUCUGGAAUUUUGGCAGGGCAGGGACAUUUCUCAAUAUCUUCGCCCUCGCAUACACUGUCUAUGCAAUCAUCUGGUUGCCUUUUCCGAAUUAUUUGCCUGUUACGGCGGCCAAUAUGAACUAUUCCGGACCAGUCUUUGGUGUAGUCCUGAUUGGCGCCGUGACGCUCUGGUUUGUCAGGGGCAGAUCAGAGUGGGACGGUCCGAACAAAGCUGUGAUUGACUACGUCCUGAAAGAUGAGUCGUGA